UCUGGUGAAUUUCUGCGCAAGAAACUUCGAAGUGAAAUUAAUACUUUUCCAAGUAUUAAUUACAUAAUGCAAGUUGAGCUUGAAAUCUCCAUCAGUAAGGUGUUAUCAAUGGAGGAAAUAAAAUGUGAAGAAGAGACUUACUCUUAUGAUUCAUGCAUCCUAAACAGCAAUCUUGAAACAAUGCAAGAAAAAUGCAUCCCACCAUUUGCUGUACUCAACCAAUUUGGCGUUGAAUCUUUGUGCCCCAAUUUUACAGAGGGGCAGGAGGCUUUAACUGUCUUUCAAAAAUCCCCUCAAUCCUGUAAACCAUCCUGUAUUGAAACAGUGGUAAAGUUAAAUAUGGUUCCAGUUGAUGUACUUCUCCCAACCCUCAAUCCUAACUCUCCAUCCAGUACACCUUUUACUGGAUAUCUAUUCCGAGUCCCAACCAAAGUUGUAUCUUCCACAAUAUUUGGAACUUACACAAUUGUUACUUUAGUUGCGGAGUUUGGUGGGUGGAUGGGAUUACUCUUAGGCUUAUCUCUUCUUGGAGUUAUGAACCACUGGUGGGAUAAGUGUGGUGAUGAGUUGGAAUUUUCUAAGGUUUUAAAAAUAACUCCAAAAUUAUUUAUCUAUUUAGUAUCUUUGGUUUUCAUUGGAUUGGUUUUUGGCAGAGCCUUGCUGCGAAUGCUUUAUAAAGAAACUGGAUUGGAUGUUAACAUUGAGGAGACCAUCUCUGAUUUAAGUAUAUCGUUUUGCUCUAUGAAGAGUGUUUAUUUGAACCAAACAUCUAAUGACGGCAAAUCUGAAUUAGUAUAUGUUGGUAAUUCAUCAUCAAUAUGGAACAAUGACAUGAAACUAAGAAGUAAGAUUGAAUUUAUCACUGCUGAACUGAGAAAUGGAACCAUCAUAAACAUCUACGAAGAGCGAGACAAUAUGUCACCGUACAUUAUCUACUCAACAAAUAUCCCAAGGCUCAUCAACUAUUUUGAGAAUUGUCAUACUCUUGACUUACAAUUUGAAGUACUGGUUAAAAAAUUAAGUUUGGUUGCCAAAAAAGAGUUUACUAUAUAUGUACACAAAACUGGGCAACUGCUAAAUAUGGAUUUCAGGCAUGGUUUUAAUUAUGUAAACAGCCAAUCCAUGCAAGCAAGGAUAGGUCGUGUCUUUGUGUACAGUACAAGACUAAAAUUGAACAUUGAGCUGUUAAGCCUAGGUGCAGUACAGCAUAAUGCCUAUUCCUUAAAUUCCACUUUUGAUGACUGUGUUUUGGAUGCCAUGUCAAAAGAAGAAGAAACAGAAGCAAACAAACCAACUUCUGUAUUGAAAUUGAAUGAGUUGGGAUUGAAUGAUGUGAACCUUACUGAGCUUGAAUUCAUUAAACUUAGGAAUGGGUUUCAGCAAGAAAAUAUCUACUCCUUUUGUGACUACCCGUCUGAAAUUGCUAAGAUUAGUUAUGCUCCAGAAGUUGAAGAUAGUAUUUUUCAUCAGGAAUCAAUCAACAAACUGCCAACUCCAUCCAAAGCACAUCAAUCUCAGAGAAAUGAAAUUGAGGUUUCCUUCCCUGAAAUUUUGAUCAUGAGCAAGAGAUUGACUGGAACUGGAUUAAGACUUUUCUGGGACAUUAGUAUAGACUGGGGCGUUUCCUGGGACUUCACCAGGGAAGUUGGAGUAUCUUGGGAUCUCACAACAAAAAUGGGGGUCUCCUGGGGUCUCACAAUGGAAGUGGUAUAA